AUGAAGUACAAGAUCAUCUAUACCGUAGCGGCCCUUCUCGGGUCCACGGCUGCCAGCUUCUCAGGCAACCUAAACUAUGUCUCUCCCUCAAGGCGACACGCGCGCCUGGGCAUCGACACCAACAUUGUCGAGCGCAGGUCUUGGAAACGCGACAAUGUGGCCUACGAGCCUUCAGAGCUCAACUUUACCCACGGCGUGGCCUCUGGUGACCCGUGGCCGGAGAGCGUGGUCCUUUGGACCAGAGUGGCACCCAGCAACAAGUCAGAGAACAGCACUGUGCCCGUGGAAGGUACGGCGCCACUCUGGAGCCAUGAGACUGAACAGUUUGUUGAGGCCGAUCCGAACCCAAUCUGCGUCGAGUGGAAGGUCUAUAUGGGAAAGAAGAACGAGACGCAGCAGACUGUGUCGCAGGGAGUCACUCACACGACAUCUGAUAUUGACUUUACAGUCGAAGCCCAGGGCCUUGAGCCUCUGACGGAGUACAACUACCAGUUUAACGUCUGCAACUCUGACGUGAAGAGUCCAAUUGGACGGACUAAGACUGCACCCACCGCUGACGAUGAUGUCUCAUCCCUCAGCUUUGCUGUCUUCUCUUGCAGCAACUUUCCCAAUGGCUACUUUAAUGCCUACGGAAAUGCAGCGUGCAAGGAUGAGCAUGACUGGGUGCUGCACCUGGGCGACUACAUGUACGAGUACGCUGCUGACGAUGACGCGACCGAACGUGGUUCAAUCCCUCCCAACAAGAUCUUCACAUUGUACGACUAUCGUGCUCAGGUGGCGAACAAUGUGUAUCGCGAUGGAACAAGCGGCUCAAACAACACUGAAGAGUCAUUUUUAAACGACGGACCGGAGAUCAGUGUUGACACCCGCAAAGUCAACGCUGUUCGCGCAUACUUCGAAUGGAUGCGCAUUCGUCAAACGGACCUGGACGAUGGCCUUCGCAUUUGGCGUUCAUUCCAAAUGGGCAAGCUCCUUGACCUCGUCAUCCUCGACACUCAUGUGCAUGAUCGCUCAAUCACAUCUCUGGGGUGGAAUGACGACUACAUCGACCUCAUCCGAGAUGACCCCAGUCGCACAUUGAUGGGGGCUCGCCAGGAGCAUUGGUUCUACAACUCGCUGUCGAUAUCAGCCAAGCGAGGGGCCACUUGGCGCCUCAUCGGAAACCAGAUCAUCGUCUCUCGCAUUCUCCAAAACGACGAGGGCUCCCUCAGCGGGGACAAUUGGAAUGGAUACAUCGCCAACCUCAACAGAACCCUCAAGCACUUGUACGACAACAAUAUCAGCAACAACAUCUUUCUCGCAGGCGACAGCCACCAGAAACGGGUCUCCGACCUCGUCUGGCUCGGGGAGAGGGAGCAUAACAUGAAGACUGGCCAAGGUGCUGUGGGCGUCGAAUUCGCCGGGACAGCCGUCACCUCCAGCGGCCAAUCAGGCCCCAUUGAGCCCAACGCUGGCGACUACGCCCGUGCCAUGAUUGAGCGGAACGACGAGAUGAUGUGGCAGGAGGGCUACUACCGCGGCUUUUUUCACCUCCAGGUGGCCCCGGAGAAGCUCACGGCGCAGUUCUACGGCUCGCCUUCCGUUACUACGCGCAACCCGUGGGACAUUCCCCUCGCCAACUUUACCGUUGUGGCGAACGAGAACCACCUCGAGCGCCCCGUCGGGGGUGUACAGGCAGAGUCGGGCGCGCUGAGGUUUGGCAAUGUUAAGCAUACCAACUUGACACUGAACACAGAGACCAAAGAGUGGGAGGUAAUCGGUUUCGAUCAGAUGUUCAUUGAGUGA